AUGAACGAGCUGGUGAGGAGCCUGCCCUCCCCGACUCUUCCCGGGCUGCACCUGCAGAGUCUGGACACCCACAGGGGCUGGCUCUUCAAAUGGACCAACUACCUGAAGGGCUACCAGCGGCGCUGGUUCGUCCUCAGCAACGGCCUGCUGUCCUACUACAGGACUCAGGUGGAGAUGGCUCACACUUGCCGGGGUACCAUUCCCUUGGCGACAGCUCACAUCGAGGUGGGUGACACGUGUCACUUCGUGUUGACCAGCGGAGGCCGGAGCUACCACCUGAAGGCCACCUCGGAGGGAGAGUGUCAGAGAUGGGUGUCAGCCCUGCAGCACGCCAAUGCCACCCUCCUGAUGCAUCAUUCAGACGACUCAGGAGAUGAAACCCCUGCGCCUCAGGGGGAACAUGCCCUGAACAAAGGUGUGCUCAAGACCCUGGCCACCAAGUUGGAGGAUCUGGGUACCUGCAAUGAGCUGAUAGGGAAGCACGGCGCCGCCCUCCAGCGCUCCCUCAGCGACCUGGAAGACCUGCGUGGCUCCACUGACAGCACAGACAGAGUGAAAGCUGUGAACGAGCGAGCCACGCUUUUCCGCAUCACCUCCAAUGCUAUGAUCAAUGCUUGUCGUGACUUUUUGGACGUGGCCGAAUCUCACAGCCGGAAGUGGCAGAAGACUCUGCACUAUGAGAGAGAACAGCGUCACCAUCUGGAGGAGACCAUCGAGCAGUUAGCCAAGCAGCACAACAGCCUGGAGAGAGCCUGGAGGGAGAACCCCACCUCGUAUGCAGGUGUGGAGCGGGCUCAGGAGGUGGACGCGAGCGAUGAGAAUGAAGAAGUAGAGUUCUUCGAUGCCGUGGAGGACUCGCCUUCGUUCAUAACUGUGACUGCCUCUGAACACAAGCACUCGGGGAGUAAUCUGAGUAUGAUGAGUGGAGGAAUGCCAAAUGACUGGACCCACAUUGAGAACGACACCCCAGGCACAAACCAGGUGCAGCUGCGAAGAACGAGGCGCAGUCGCAUUCCUGACAAACCAAACUACUCCCUCAACUUGUGGAGCAUCAUGAAGAACUGUAUUGGCAAAGACCUCUCUAAGAUACCCAUGCCUGUAAACUUCAACGAGCCGCUGUCGAUGCUCCAACGUCUGACGGAGGAUCUGGAGUACAGCGAGCUCCUGGACCGGGCAGCUCGCUGCGACUCGUCUCUGGAGCAGAUGUGCCUCGUGGCUGCCUUCUCCGUCUCCUCCUACUCCACCACGGUCCAUCGAACUGCCAAGCCCUUCAACCCUCUGCUGGGGGAGACUUACGAGCUGGACCGACUGGAUGAGUAUGGCUAUUGCUCCAUCUCUGAGCAGGUCAGCCACCAUCCACCAGCUGCUGCCCACCACGUGGCCUCACAGCGAGGAUGGACUCUGUGGCAGCACAUCACCAUCGACAGCAAGUUCCGUGGGAAAUAUAUUUCAGUCAUGCCAUUAGGUAGCAUCCACCUGCAGUUCCACUCAAGUGGAAACCAUUAUGUGUGGAGCAAAGUGACGUCGACUGUGCACAACAUUAUUGUAGGGAAGCUUUGGAUCGAUCAGUCUGGAGACAUCGACAUUGUGAACACAACUACAAAGGACACCUGCCAUCUCAAAUUCUCCCCAUACAGCUACUUCUCCAGGGAAGUCCCACGCAAAGUGACAGGAGUAGUAGAGGACAAAGAAGGGACGGCCCGUUACAUCCUGUCAGGGACCUGGGACGACAAAAUGGAAAGUGCAAAAAUAGUAGAAAGCAGCCAAGGAUGUGGAGGCACUGAAGGCAAACAAAAGACAGUUUAUCAAACGCUUCAGCCCAAACUGCUGUGGAAGAAAUACCCUCUUCCAGAUAACGCAGAGAACAUGCACUUCUUCUCCUCGCUGGCGCUGACCUUAAACGAGCCAGAGGACGGCAUCGCGCCCACCGACAGUCGCCUGAGGCCGGAUCAGAGGCUGAUGGAGGCAGGUCUUUGGGACGAAGCGAACAAUGAGAAGCAGCGGCUAGAGGACCGUCAAAGGCUCGAGAGGAAACGGAGGGAGGCACAAGCGAACCAGGCACUGGAGGAGGGUCAAGACAUUGAGGGUUACCUGCCUCUGUGGUUUGAAAGGAGAACAGACGAGACUACGGGAGAAAGCACCUACGUCUACAAAGGCGGCUACUGGGAAGCCAAAGAAAGACAAGACUGGAGCCAGUGUCCUGAGAUCUUCUAG